CCGGCAGACCCCCCGCCAUCCUACGAUGAGUUGCGCAACAUGCCCACGCCCGUCCACGCCAGCACCACGCCCAAUGCCGCCCCAGAACCCUCACGGUCGCCGCGCCGACCGCCGGGCCCGCCGCCGCUGCUGCCGCUCGACGUCCCCGCCCUGACCCAGCUGCGGCACAAGCGCGUCGUGCUGGCCUCCGCGUCGCCCAGGCGAAAGCAGCUGCUGAGCAUCCUCGGCCUCAAGUACGUCGAGAUCGUCCCGUCGACGUUCAAGGAAGACCUCCCCAAGUCGCUGUCCCCCUACGAGUACGUCCUCGAGACCGCCACGGAGAAGUGCCGCGAGGUCUACACGCGCGAGGUCAACAAUGAGGAAAAGGGCGAGCCGGCCCUCGUCAUCGCCGCAGACACCAUCAUAAUAAGCGCAAAGGGGCGCAUACUCGAGAAGCCGCGGAAUCCCCAGGACCAUCUCGACAUGCUGAAGAUGCUGCGCGACGAGGGCGCACACAGGGUCUCGACCGCCGUGGUCGUCAUGAAGCCCCUGGAGAACCCCAUUGACCCGGGCUACGCCAUGGAGAGCCAUGUCGAGAUCACGUCGGUCAAGUUCGACGCCAAUGUGUCGGACGCGACUCUGGUGGCCUACGUACGAACGCGCGACGGCAACGACAAAGCCGGCGGCUACGGCAUACAAAGCGCCGGAUCUAUACUCAUUGAGAAGAUCGAGGGAGCGCACGACAACGUGAUAGGACUACCGUUGCGCGUUACGCUGGGCCUCAUUGAAAAGGUCAUGGUGCCCGAAGAGGGCCUGGACGACAACAUGGACAACAUGUUCGGCGAC